AUAAUUUGUUUAACUUAUUAGUUUUUUUAAUAAAUUAUCAAAUAAAAAUAUAAAAAAAUAAUAAUUUCACGCUCUACUUCUCUCUCUUGUUCAAUAAACAACUAUCAACAGAGAGAAGCAUUUUGACAAAUACAUGUCAACAACAAAAAUAGUUUGCGGUUGUUGAAUAUAACAACAACAAAAAAAGAAGAAAAAAUGCAGGACAACAAUAAAAACUUAAUUUUCAUGUUUUGAUUAAUCGAUUUUUUAUUUACAUAUUUAAACAAAGUAUAAACAAUAUGCACGAUUUGGAAACGCAUAAAGAUAGUGUUAAUUAUCUUAUAAACAAAUUAUGUUUGGGUAUACUAAAACAACAAAAUGAUAGCCUCAAUCCAGAGCAAAUACAAGCAGCUGUGCCCAAAUUAAAGGCGUUGUCCUAUCAAAUCUUAUUGAAGAAAUCACCAAGACCACACAAUGACAACAGAUUGGAUGAAAAUGUUGAUUUUGAACCACAGCGUGCAUUAGAUAUACAGAUAUUUGCGGCAAAAUUAAAUUCACGCGCCAAUCCCGAGGUCUGUUCGAAAUUUGUUGCCUUCGAGGAACAAUUGGAGGCCAUAAAAAAUGAACGUUAUUUUAGUGAAGGAGCUGGUAAAGGUAUAUUGCAAUUGUUGCUGGCAUUGCAGGGAAAUGUGCAUGAGGAAUAUGAAGUGCCUAAUAUGUGUGCUCCUGAGCUACUGGUACCUGGACCCUUUACCCUACAUGCCAACUAUAAGGAUAAUCGACAUUAUCCCACUUUUAACGAUUACGAUAUUAUGUCUCCUACUCCCAAAUACUUUAAAAGCACAAAACCUUUAAAAUCCACCGACAAUCCAUAUUUACCAAAAUUUCUAUUUGAAGGUGAAACCAAUCAAUUAAUGGCCAUAGAAAAUAAAUAUUCCUUCGCUACUGCAAGAAUUGAAAGAGAUUUACAAGAUGAAUGUACCUUUACCGGCAUGACAAAACGUUUAUUAGGCGCUUCCAUGCGUAUAAAUAUAAAUGCUUUAAGAUUAUUUCCAGAAACAUUUAAACAGCCCCUAAAAACAUUUAAAUUAACCUCUACAAGUCCCCGAAAAACGUUGUUAGCCACCAAAAUUGAUGCUAAAAAGGAGGAAAAUUCGAUGAAAGAAGCCAAGAAAGUCUUCUCCUGGAAUUGGGAAGGUCUAGGCUGUUUUGGCAUAACCUGCACUAAACCUUUUGCUGGUGAAGCCAGCAUUUCAUUGCUUCUGCAAAGUCAUAUAAAUCGGGAGAAUAAGAAACCUUUUGAGGCGAAAAUUUUAAAAAUGCAAGAUUUUUUAAAUGAUUUAAAGUCUUUAACAGUUGGCAUACAAUCGGAUACAUUUUAUCAUGAUGAGUUUAUAGUUUUUGCUAUGAAACCAAAUGUUACUAUCGAGGGUGUUUUGCCGGGCACUAUAAAAUAUUUUGUCGAAGAUUUCUUAGAAUGUGGCACCUGCUAUAAACGCAUGCAAACAAUGAUUAUGAAAAGAGAUUAUAAGUUAAUGUUUGAAGGCUUUAUGUUUAAAGCUUUAUGCAGUGCUAUUGAUGAGUAUUUAUUGACAUUUCGUCAAUUUGUUUUUGCCAAACAAGAUGCACAUUUAAUGGGCUUUUAUAAACGUAUGAAGAAAAUGAUGAAACAGAUUACUAAUCUAUCAUUUACGUUGGCUAUACAUCCUAAUGUUGAUGCCAAUGUCAAGCCACCAAUGGGUUCACAAUUUUUGGGCUAUUUAUAUAGAGAAAUAAUGCGUUUAACAGAAAAGGAUUAUAUAACACUGCUGGUAUUCAUUUUAAAAAGAUGCUGUCAUGUGUAUUUCAAACACUUGCAAAAAUGGAUUUACUAUGGCCUAUUAGAUGAUCCCUGCAACGAGCUAUUUGUAGGAUUUGUUGAUCAUUAUAGAGAAAAUACUAAGUAUUUCUAUGAUAAAGCGUAUUUUGUGCGCAAAGAAUCUGUACCGGGAUUUUUUCAAAAUUUCGAAGAACAAAUAUUACAGUGUGGCAAAUAUACCAUGCUGUUGAAAGCCUACAAGCCUAAUCAUGCACUUUUUGAUUUAAAUUAUCCCUCAAUAUCGGUAUGUCUCUCAUUCGAGGAUAUAGAAAAACUCGAUGCAGCUUGUUUGCUAUAUUAUGAAGAUGCUCAAAAGGUUUGCGUUAAACCCAUAACUAUACGUGAAGUCUUUGAGACUAGAAGCGAAGAAAAAAGACAAUUUUUCCAACGUAUGAUGGAAAGAUCAAAAGCCAAUCUAGAACGUUGGACAGAAGAACAACAUGAGCAGGCACUCAUAGUUUCCGAACAGAAGAGAAGACGUUUAGAAGAAUUGUCUUUGCAGUUGAAAGAUGUUAAAGAACGUAAGAUAAGAGAACGUAAGGCAAGUGUGGAAAUGGAAUUGAAAUAUCUAAGAGAGGCAGAGAGAAUUGAAGAACAACGUAUGAUCAAGGAUAAUAUUAAUCUGAGAAAACGUAUAGAGUAUUAUCAGGAGUUAAGUGAUACAAUAAAUGAAAAUGAAAAAGCUAAAAAUAAAGAAAAAAAGAAACUUUCUUUAAACAUACCAGCAGCAGCCACUUUCAGUUCCAUACAAACCACACAACUGCAAACCCCGCUUAGUGCAGCGGGUACAGAUUUUGAAUCUUGUUUUGGCGAUGAAGAUGAUGCUGUUUCUGAAUAUGAGGAAUGUAUAUCAGAUGAUUUUGUGGAAAAAUUUGCUGAAAAUGAAAAAGAUCUUAAAGCGAUUUAUGAAGCAAAUGAGGAGGAAGAAGUUAAAAACAAAGAAGAACUAAAUAAUGAAACUUCCACUGAAACCUUAAAGAAUCUUGUCGAAGAAGAAAAUGCCAAUGUUAUUAAAUCCUGUUUAAAACGCAGUGAUUCUGAUUUUCUCAAUUCCAAUGAAAUGCAAACUAUUAACACACUACAGGAGAAUAGACAAAAGGCCAUGUCCGGCACAAAUAUGAAUCAAUGUGUUAAAACCAUGGAAGUAGAUGUGAGUGGUAAAACAUCUGUACAAAAUGUUAAAGAUUUAGCACAAACCGGAUCAGAAACUCAAGCAAACUAUGAAAAUCUCUUAAGUGAAGCUAAACGUAAUCGCAUGAGAGUUUUAAAUGAAGAGUUCAAUUUUCAAUCGCAAAAUACUCAUACAAAAUCUAUGCCCGACAUUAAUCUAAACACCUUGCCUGAUGCAGAAUUAACAGAAUUGCAACGUAAUCGUAAGCGCAUGAUGCAAAAUGAUUUGUUUAGUGAAUACAAUAAAGAUCCAAUGGCAGCUAGAUCAAAUCUGUAUUUAAAUUUAGAUACCGAAAGGGCACGCAAUCGUCAAAAGGUAUUAGAAAGUGAAUUUAAUAUAUUGACUGGUAAACUAGAAGUGAAAAGUGCCAAAUCAACGACCUCUAUAAAUCUCGAUACGCCCAUAACUCCUAUGUCCACCACUUCGGAUAAUACACCUCUUACGGAAAUUCCCAAUCAACAGCAAGCAGAUCAAGAUAAUGGCAAUGAUUCUGUCAUAAACAACAACCAAACAAACGAUAAAAAAGAACAACAACAACAAAAUGAUUUAAAGUUAAAUGUUUCUUUAACCCGAAAAUUACCUAAAGAUUUAAAUCUUUCCACAGCCAUCUCAGCUUUUCCGGAGUCAACACCAGAUUGUGGUCUCAAUACUGCUGGGAUAAUGGCUAAAAAGGGAUUUCCUUUUCCCAAUGAGGAAAAACGCAAAAAACAACAACAAGAUGCCUCCACCGAAGCUCCCGUUCAUAAUGAAUGUCAGCAGCAGGAAUAUGCUUGCCCCCAACCUGACUAUCAAAAUCCCUAUAAACGUUGCUGUGAGUUAAUCUCUACAAAUUUCACCUGUAACACUAUCAGUCCCUAUAUACGUCUAAAUAAUCCCACAAAAAAGUCUACAAAUCUAGACGAUUCCAAAAAACUUGAUCUCAAUACUAUGAGUGUCAUAACACUAACGGAAUUUCUCCAAAAAUCGGUUAUUAUACCCAUGAGUACACAUCUGGAAUUGGUUAAUAAUGAAGUGAUGCGUAUGUUUUUGCAAGAUCUAAAAAUACUCGAUCAUUUUCGUAGUCUACGUAAUUAUUAUUUUAUGAUGGACGGUGAAUUUGGUUCGAUAAUUUGCGAUGGUAUUAUUGGAAAGUUGGAGGAUGGUGCAACACCAGAGAAAUUGUUAAAUUAUCAGAUAUUACAUUCGAUUUUGGAUACAGCUUUGGGUUCAAGUAUAACAGGUGAGCUUUAUACGAGACUAUAA